CCAUUGUUUGGCACUUUCCAUACAUUAGUUGUUGUAUUGUUUUGUUCACGCAAUCUAUAACUCAAUUCAUAUUACAAUCAAUUGAUUGCUAUUUACAUACAUUUAAUAUUGCAUUCAUUUGUUCAUGAAAUUGUCCACAUUUGAUACCAUAUUUUUAUAUUUUAUUUAUUAUUUUAGAUAUCAAUAGUAGUAUUCAUAACAAUAAUAGACAUUCACUUGAAGUCAAAUCGAUACAGUAUUUUGUGAAAAGUGAUGGCAUUUCAAUAGUGAUACGACCAUGGUCAUAUUGCUAUUGUUCUGAUUGCAAUUAGUGACAAUUCAUUGAUAUCAAGUGACCCACAUCCAUUUGUUUAUACGUUGGGAAACAAAAUCAAACUCGUGGACAGUAUGACUGCUAUGACUCAGGACGAGAUCAUCACAAACACCAAAACUGUGAUCCAAGGGUUAGAUGCCCUGAAAAAUGAAAACCAUACCAUACUCGCCGGUCUUAUGGCGUCCCUCCAAGUGGUCAGAGAGACGGCCAAAGGCGACGGCAACACCCGUCUCAUGGAGGAGAAGGCGUCCAUCAUUCAGAAGAGUAUCGAAUCUAUCGAACUGGGACUCGGAGAGGCACAGGUGAUGACAGCACUGGCCGGACAUUUGCAGACAAUCGAAGCCGAGAAACAGAAACUUAGAGCACAAGUGAGACGUCUGUGUCAAGAGAACGCUUGGCUUCGGGAUGAGUUGGCCAACACUCAGCAGAAACUGCAGGCAUCCGAACAAAUGGUGGCACAACUGGAGGAGGAGAAGAAACACCUGGAGUUCAUGAACUCACUGAAAAAAUAUGACGGACAGGACUCCACCAUUUCCGAGGACUCGUUCAGUGAAAAAAGCAAAUCCGAAACCGAACCGCCCCUUGACUUAGGCUUUCCUGAUGACGACGACGAUGUACACCCAGAAGGUCUAACGCCUACACCUCCCGGACAAAUGGCCGCUGCAGCCAAUGCUGGCUAUGAAAUACCGGCGCGUUUGCGAACAUUGCAUAAUUUAGUGAUACAAUACGCCUCUCAGGGCAGGUAUGAGGUGGCGGUGCCGUUGUGUAAGCAGGCAUUGGAAGACUUGGAGAAAACGAGUGGUCACGACCACCCGGAUGUGGCCACAAUGCUCAACAUACUGGCCCUCGUCUAUAGAGAUCAGUAUAAAUACAGAGAAGCGGCGAACCUUCUGAACGAUGCGCUCACUAUUCGCGAGAAGACGUUAGGCGAGAACCACCCGGCAGUGGCCGCCACUCUCAACAACUUAGCCGUUCUCUAUGGCAAACGGGGGCGUUAUAAGGAGGCGGAACCCCUAUGCAAACGGGCGCUUGAGAUUAGGGAACGAGUGUUAGGCAAAUCACAUCCAGACGUGGCUAAGCAACUGAACAAUUUGGCACUUCUGUGUCAAAAUCAAGGCAAAUACGAUGAGGUGGAGAAGUAUUACUUACGGGCCCUCGAGAUCUACGAGAAGGUGUUGGGAGCGGACGACCCGAAUGUCGCCAAAACGAAAAACAAUUUGGCGUCGGCUUACCUCAAGCAAGGAAAGUAUAAGGAGGCGGAACUCCUAUACAAACAAGUGCUCACCAGAGCUCACGAGCGCGAGUUCGGCAGUAUUGACGCCCAAAACAAACCCAUUUGGCAGUUGGCAGAGGAACGGGAGGAGAUCAAGAGCAAGAAUGGAGUGCCCAAUAACGCUGAAUAUGGCGGUUGGCAUAAGGCUGUAGAUAAAUGUCCAACAGUGGCGACAACACUGAAGAAUUUGGGCGCUUUGUAUAGACGGCAGGGGAAGAACGACGCCGCGGAAGUGCUCGAAGAGACGGCACUCAGAGCUCGCAAAGAGGCAUUCGAUGCGGCCGUACGUCAAGGCAAGUCUCCUCAUUAUUUAACCACUGAUUUUAUAGCUGCACAACAGCCCAGAGAUAAAAGACGAUCCUUUUCUAAGGACAGCAGUAGACGUGGGUCUCGAGAAUCUUUAGAGAGUAUGGGCGACACCAUCGCUAUGAACGACGACGUGAGUAACCACAUUAAGACAUUAAUUGAGAAAAGCUGUCAUAAAAUGGUCUCAUUUAAUAUCAUUUGCAUGACUUGUAUGGCAAACAUCACNCAGGGGAAGAACGACGCCGCGGAAGUGCUCGAAGAGACGGCACUCAGAGCUCGCAAAGAGGCAUUCGAUGCGGCCGUACGUCAAGGCAAGUCUCCUCAUUAUUUAACCACUGAUUUUAUAGCUGCACAACAGCCCAGAGAUAAAAGACGAUCCUUUUCUAAGGACAGCAGUAGACGUGGGUCUCGAGAAUCUUUAGAGAGUAUGGGCGACACCAUCGCUAUGAACGACGACGUGAGUAACCGUCCCAUCACUUCAUAACUAUCCACUCUCUACUCAUAAACUGUGCAAACAUUGGCCAGACAUUAAGACAUUAAUUGAGAAAAGCUGUCAUAAAAUGGUCUCAUUUAAUAUCAUUUGCAUGACUUGUAUGGCAAACAUCACGUCGACUCUAACUAACUAUAAGUGAUUCAAUUGUUUCUUUUUAUUUAUUAAUUACUAUUACUAUCAAUGCAUUCAUAGCACAGACACAGC